AUGCUGCUGACGUGCUUCAACUGCGACACGUGCAAGAAGCCGUUCGACUGCAAGGAGGGCAUGCCGAACACGCCGGUGUUGGGCGACCCGGCAAAAGUCACGAAUUGCGCGGCAUGUGAGACGGUGAAUCCUGAACAAGUGCCGUACCGUGGACUGCUCCAAUUUCUCGAUCAACCGGCCUUCGAGAAAACGGACGAUGGAUACGUUUGCGAGGAAAUUCACAAGAUUCCCCCGGGCUUGACGUGCAUUUGCAGGCCGGCCAGCGAAGACGUGUAUGUGAGCGGCGCCUACAAGCUUCAAUGCGGUCACCUUCUCUGCUGCCACUCCAAAAGCAUGGUCAAGUGCCGGUAUUGCGGAGCCAUCGAUGAAAGCAAGGAAUUCUAUCGUGACCAGGGAAUUUUGGCGCUGUUGGAGGAGCGUAGGAAGGAGUUGGGCCUGCUGGGCAUCCAGAGCUGUGCGGAUUGCUACCGCGAAGGCAAAAUCGAGCGCCUCUUUCGAUGCGAGAAGUGCAGAUCCGCUUUGUGCGGAUUCUGUGCCUACAAAAAGCAUCGCUAUCACCACGCCGUCGACUUGCUGGGCAUUGAAUUGGGCCUGCUUCAGGACGGCUCGAUCAAAAGGUUUGACGAGGCGGUUUCCGGCCUAGAGGGAAAUUUCGGUUACCUACACCUCGAAGCCAACAAGGCCGUCGAAUCCUUGAAGGGAAUCGGAAUCCAGCGCCUCCAGCAAAUCCCCACAUUCGCUGAAUUUUCGGACGCAAGGAAAGUGGCCGCCGAAAUUGUCGCCGCCGCCCGGGAAUUUGAGGAAUAUUGCGAGGAGUACAUUCCGGCGGUUCGCAUAUUUACCGAAAAGAUUCGCCAGCUGCACGAGAAGCUGAACAAAAGUCUGGGAAAA